AUGAAAGUGCAACGUAUAGCAAAUUCUUUAAGAGUUUACUAUUCAGCAGUUCUUUUUUACAGUGAAGGACCAGGACGUUUAGACUCUUUUCGAUGUAGUUAUCAUUUUAAUGAUUUUUCAAAGCGAUAUAUUCAAUCAAGUACAUGGAGUCGUGAACAAAAAUUUUGGACAGAUAUAUUAUACAAUGAGUUUUUACAGAAGAUUCAUUCAUAUGAUAAAGAACAACGUGAAAAAAAUGAGAAAAUACGACAUAAACUUGAACGAAGACAUCGCGCUGAUCAGGCACGAGUUCAUCGCGAUAUUCUUCAAUUAGUUACUACAUUACGUAUUUUGGCUGUUGGUAGUUCUAAGAAGAAUCAAGAUGCUUUUCAAAAAUGUUUUAUGGAUGAACAAAAGCUUGAUCGUAAUCGACGACAAACAAAUAAAGAUGGAGAUGCUAUUGCACCAGUUAUUUUUGGCAGUAUUGAUGAUACAUCGACUCAACCAUUGCCUAUCACGGUCACUCUUGAUGAAGACUUCGAAAAUUGGAAAGAAUCCGAUAACAGUGCAACGAAAAAAGCAGCCUAUAUUAUACAAAUUUGUAAACAAUUGAACAUUCCUCGUGAUGCAUUUAUUAUCGAACGAGUAGAAUCCGGUAGUGCCAUUGUGUUUGGAGUCGUUUGUCCUCCAUAUGGAAAACUUGUGAUGAAAUAUUUUUCGGUAGAUGAUGCUGAACUUGAGAAUUUGAGUCGACACGGUAAAAUAACAAUGAUUACGCUUGGUCGCUUUGGUCUCAAUGUAAAAGAUCAAGUACUUUUUCCUCAAUGGAAUCGAGUUUACAGUAGUGGACUAGGAGGUACCUAUUGGACUGGUAGUUUGAAUAGAGCUGGUAAACCAUACUAUUGUCCAGUCGGCUGGACACGUUUUGCUAUCAAAGUAACGAAGACACAGGAAGAAUUUGAUCAACUCUAUGGUGAUUAUCAUGUUGCUUAUCAUGGAACAAAGAAUGCUGUGGCAUCUGAUAUUCUCAAUAAUGGACUUCAAGGCAGUGAAGGAUGCUAUCGUGAAGGUCUUAAUAUUUAUUUAUCGCCAAGUAUAGAAUAUUCGGCACAUCCACGCUAUGCAACACCUUGGCAGCAGAAAGAAACUGGCAAAUACUAUCAAAUGGUAUUACAAUGCCGAGUAAAUCCUCGUCUAGUUGAAGUUGGUCUUAUUGAAUCAGAGACUCUGCUAGCAAAAAAUGCAAAAACUUUUCAAAUAGAUCCAAACUUUAGCAACGAUGAACUCGAAUGGAUUUUGCCAGCAGAUAAACCAGUCGGUCGGCAUGAUCUCAUUUGCUAUGGUCUCAUGAUACGCAUUACUUACGAUGAUCCGGUCAGUUUGCCUUCUUCUAAAUGGUGGAAACAUGUAUGGUGGGAACCGUUUCACGAAAUAGACGAUUGA